AUGGGCUUACAUUUAGGCCCAAUACUACACCAUCUAGGGUUUUCUUCUUAUAUAGAGCUGCUGCUGUUGUCUAUCUUCUCCGACGGUGGCUGCGGCAAGGGAGCAAAAUCAGAACCGAUAAUGCCUAAGCAAAUCCACGAGAUCAAGGACUUCCUUCUGACCGCGAGAAGGAAGGAUGCAAGGUCUGUGAAGAUCAAGAGAAGCAAGGACAUUGUUAAGUUCAAGGUUAGGUGCUCUAGGUACCUAUACACACUAUGUGUCUUCGACCAAGAGAAGGCUGAUAAGCUUAAGCAGUCACUUCCUCCAGGUCUGAGUGUUCAAGACCUUUGAAGAUCCUCUUGAAGUCAACGCCACCUGCUUUAGACCUUUUGUUUGGGAGAUUUUAUUUUUGCUUCCUUUUGAAUUAAUAUUAUUCAGACGUUUCUUUUUUUUCAAUUUCGAGACUUGAGUUUUUAUUUUGUUGUUUGCUAUCAACGUGGCUACUGCCUACUGGUUAGUAACAUGUAUGGGUCUAAAAGAUUUUGACAAGAGUCUACGAGAAGAUUAGUCUAAAC